UGAUCUAGACAGCUCUGACAAAAACCAGCAAGUAUUAUUGUGAAAGAUGAUCCAUUUUGGAACGGAGCUAGCAAGCAUCUCUGCUAGCUGCUCCAAAUGGCAUCCACCACCUACCAUUUUGGGAGCAGCUACUUGCUCGGUUGCUCUUGCUCCUACAUAAACUAGGUUUGGUUGGCCCAGGCCAUGGCACCCACCGAGAACCAUCGCCGCCUCCUCUUGCCGCCGCCAUCCUACUGCUCCCUCUUCUCCUCCUCCUCGUCAAGCUCAGCUCAGGCCACGUCGCAAUCGCAAGCACGUUGGCAUGCCUCUGAACCCGCCUCCGGGUCCAUGGCAGCUGCCGGUGAUCGGCAGCCUGCACCACCUCGUCGGCGCGCUCCCGCACCACGCCAUGCGCGACCUCGCCCUCCGGCACGGCCCGCUCAUGCUGCUCCGCAUGGGCGAGCUCCCCGUCGUGGUGGCCUCGUCGGCGGCCGCGGCCAAGGAGGUGAUGAAGACCCACGACGCCGCCUUCGCCACGCGACCGCGAACGGACACCACCGCCAGCCUCACCGCCGACGGCCUCGGUAUCGCCCUCGCGCCGCAUGGCGAGCACUGGCGCGCCGUCCGCAAGCUCUGCGCCACGGAGCUGCUCGGCGCGCCACGGGUGCGGACGUUCCGGGGGACUCGCGAGGCCGAGGCCGCCGUCCUCGUCGCGUCCGUGGCCGCGGAGGCGGCGUCCGGAGCCGCUGUGAACGUCAGCUCCCUCGUCGCCACGUACGUCGCCGACGCCGCGGUGCGCGCCGUGGUCGGAGACCGGAUCGCGGACCGCGACGCCUUCCUGGCGUGCCUGGACGAGGCUGUCAGGGUGGCCGCCGGGUUCAGCCUUGCCGACCUGUUCCCGUCGUCGCGCCUCGCGCGUGCGCUCAGCGGGACGGCGCGCCGGGUGGAGGCGGUGUUCGGAGAGAUGUCCCGGCUCAUGGACGCCGUCAUCAAGGAGAAACGCGCGAGGAAGGCGGCGGGCGUCGGCGGCGAGGAAGAAGAGGACAUCCUUGACGUGCUUCUGGACGGCGGCGGCGGCGCGCCUCUGGACAUCCCGACCAUCCGUGCCGUGAUAAGGGAUCUCAUAGGGGCCGGCAGCGAGACCUCCGCGUCGACGCUGCAGUGGGCCAUGGCGGAGCUGUUGCGGAACCCGGCGGCGCUCCGGAGGGCGCAGGCGGAGGUGCGCGGCGCGCUCGCCGGGCAGAGCCGUGUCGGGGAGGAGUCCAUGCAGGAGCUGCCGUACUUGCGGAGGGUGAUCAAGGAGACGCUCCGGCUGCACGCGGUGGCGCCGCUGCUCCUCCCGCGGGAGUGCCGCGAGCCCCGCCGUGUCCUCGGGUACGACGUGCCGCAGGGCGCCAUGGUGCUGGUCAACGUGUGGGCCAUCGGCCGGGACGAGGCGAGCUGGGGUCCGGACGCCGAGGAGUUCCGGCCGGAGAGGUUCGAGGAGGGGGCCGCGGCGGCGGUGGACUUCCGGGGUGCGGACUUCGAGCUCGUGCCGUUCGGGGCGGGGCGGAGGAUUUGCCCCGGGAUCACGUUCGGGCUCGCCGUCAUGGAGCUCGCGCUGGCGAGCCUCCUCUUCCAUUUCGACUGGGAGCUCCCCGGCGGCACGGAGGAGCUUUUGGAAAUGACCUGUGGUUGCAUGCCACCGUCAUCGGCGUUCGGGAUCACGGCGAAGAGGAAGAGCGACCUGUGGUUGCAUGCCACCGUCAUCGUGCCACCUAAAUAAGGGCCACUUCUUUUGAGCUAUCCGGUGGAAAUAAGCUCCAGAUAAACUUUUGUAAAAAUGAGCUUUUGGAAAUGAGCUUUUGUCAAAAUAAGCUCCAAAUAAUUAGC